CUCAGCUUCCCGCUCAUCGGAUUUGCCUUUGUCAUAACACUCAUCUUGUUGAGGGUCCGUACACCCCCAGGAGAUGUCAAGGAGAAGCUGAAGCGCUUGGAUGUUUUUGGCAACUUGAUCUUCAUUUCCGGGACUACCGCUGCGCUCAUCGGGGUGACGUGGGCAGGUGUGCGAUAUCCGUGGGACUCGGCACAUGUGUUGGGCACUAUCAUCCCCGGCUUCAUCCUCAUUGCUGUGUUCUUCGCCUACGAGUGGAUUGUGCCGAAGGAAGCAAGCAUUCCGUGGCAAGUGGUCAACAACAGAACGACGGUCGCCGGGCUACUGGGGACGUUCUUCCACGGAAUCACCAGCCUCUCAGUGUUCUACUACAUGCCUGUAUACUUUCAGGCCUGCCACGGCGCGUCUCCGCUCCGGUCAAGCGUCAUGUUCCUUCCACUCGCGCUCACUAUGUCACCCUUCGCAUUCACCGCGGGCGGCCUCGUCCACGUCUUCAAAAAGUACCGCUGGGCGAUUCUGCUCGCCUGGUCGCUCUCACUCGUCGGCUUCGGCCUGCUCUCUACCCUCACCGCGGACAUUUCCACCGGGCACUGGGUCGGCUACCAAAUCGUCGUCGGCGUCGGCACCGGACUCCUCUUCACCGCGACGGUGUUCCCCCUGCUCGCCCCGCUCCCCGUCUCGCGCACCGCCGCGGCGCUCGCGUUCUUCUCCUUCUGCCGCACCUUCGCGCAGGCCUGGGGCAUCGCGAUCGGGUCCACCGUGCUCCAGAACGAGCUCGCGCGCACGCUCCCCGCCGGCUUCGCAGCGCGGUUCCCUACGGGGGCCGAUAUCGCGUACGCCGCGAUCCCCGCGCUGCGUGCGCUGCCCGACCCCACGCUCAGGGCGGUGGUGGAGGCGGCGUUCGCGCAGAGCCUGAGGGUGCUGUGGCUUACGAUGGUCGGGGUCAGCGGGCUGGGGUGGUUGAGUGUGUGGAUGAUGCGGGAGAUCAAGAUGGAGGUGAAGACGGACGCGACGUAUGGACUGAAUGAGGGGAAGAGGAGGCGGCGGGAUGUGGAGAAGGCGGCGCCGGGUGCGGAGGCGACUGAUGUGCAGAUAUAA